GAGGUUAGUCGGCGUUUGGCUACUGUGACGGUGAUGUGUACCGGGUUAUGUCUCUCUUGUUGAACGGUGUCGAUCAGUGCGUCUCCAGCAUGGGCUCACUAGAGUUGAAGGAUCUCCUCGGCAAGAAGGACGAUCUCAUUCGCGAUUUGGAGGAGAAGCUUAAAGUUCGAGAUGAUGAAAUUACGGAGCUCAGGUCGCAACUGGAUAAGUUCCAGAGUGUCAUACCCUACGCGACCGGCGGGGCAUCCAGCAGCCCCAAGGGCCAGGCUCGCAAGACCAGGGCUCAGGGCAUCUCGGCCGAGCCCCAGACGCUGAAGACCGUUCAGGAGCUGGCCAUCCUCGGCCAGACCACCUUCCCCGAGGUCCCCAAAGCUCUAAGGUAA